GGGAAAUUCGUCCAGCGGACCAGAAUUUCUGAACAAAAAUAAACCCUGUGGACGUAAACAGCAUAUAUAAUAUAUACGUUAUCUGUAUAUGUAAAAGGUAGGAUUACAGAAAAAAGAAGUAUAAAGAUUUUUUAAGACCGUCCAACAUUCCAAAAGGAAGCGGAAGAUUUUACGAUGCAUUGUAAUCCAUGCAGCAGACGGGAUGUGGAAUCCAAGUCCACAAGUUGGUGCAGUGAUUGUGAAGAGGGUUUGUGUAGUAAAUGUUUGGAAGAUCACCAAGUAAUUAAACUUACAAGAAGCCAUCAUGUUAUAGACAUGACGGAACAAAUAUCCCCUGAAUAUUAUGAAAUGUUGUCCACAUCUAAUUGCAAAUGGCAUCACGACCUACAGCAAGAUGUCGUCUGCAAAGAUCAUGAUGUGAUCUGUUGUCGUCAAUGCUUCCAAACUAGUCAUAAGUCUUGUAAAAAUGUCUGUCAUCUAAACAGGGCAGCAAAGGGAAUCAAGCAAUCUGAUUGGCUCAAAAAAUUAGGCCAUGAUUUGAAAGAAAUGGCAAAAGUCAGUGAAAAAUUUAUUGAGGAAAAAAAGGUGUCAAAAGAAGAGUUAAAAAAUCAAAUAAAGAAAAUAAAGAAGGCAGUUUCCAAUAUCAAGUCUAAGUUUAUUAUGCAUAUAGAUGAUUUAGAAAAAGAUUUGUUGAGUGAACUUGCAGAUGUUGAUAAAGAUGGAAAGGAAGAGUCAGAAAAGGAGAAACAAGAGUUGAUGAAUAUGGAGAAGGAAGUUCAAGCUGAUCAGACUGCCUUAGAGUUUGUAACCGCCAAUGGUUCUGAAAGUCAGAUAUACUCAUUUGUACAAAAUCAGUCGGAAAAACAAAAAGAAAGACUGAAAAGGCUGCAGAAAAUAGCACCUAACUCAAAAGUUAAUAUUGAAUUGCAUGAAGCAAGUCAUGAAAUAGAGGCUAUCAAAUCACUAGGAUACUUGUCUGUCAACUAUGAAAAGGUUACUAAUCCAUUAAGCGUAGAAGGUUUGAUUAAUCAUAAUGAGAGCUUACCUAGAACUGAAAGCAAAGAUUUUCCUAAUCUCACAUUAGGAAAAGAAAAAUGGAUAGAUCCUAAAGACUUCUUUGCAGAAAAUGAAAGAGUAGAUGAUAUGUCUUUAGACGUGCAAUGUGCCACGGUGACAGAUGAUAAUUAUAUACUCGUAGCAGGGAAACUUAGAUUGGUGAUCAAUGGAAACUACAAAACAGUCUUACUGCUUGUAAAAUAUGAUGAAGACAUGAAAUAUUUGCAGCAGUACCGUUUCUUUUCACUUGAUAGAAUUAUGUAUGAUGAUGCUAAGAUAUACGGUAUAUCAUCUAUUCAGAAUUCAGAUAGAGUAGUAAUUGUCUAUCAUAAAAUCUUGAAUAGGGAAAUGUUAUUUGCAAGCAAAGCAACAAUGAAAAAGAUGGGAUCUAUAAAUCUUGACAAUUAUGGUUAUACUUCUUACAUUGAUAAAGUGAUAUUAGGUUCUAACAGCAAAAGGAUUUUUCUAUAUACUGAAAAAAAUGCAGAGAAAAUUUGCUUAACUGUGUUUGAUGUUCUUGGUUGCUGUGUUCAGGAAUUGGAUUUCCGCUUGCAAUUUGAUUCCUUCAUUGCACAACCUAACAACACAUUUUGGGGAUUGUUUAAUAACACGCUUUAUGUUUCAAAAGAGGAUGGCACAGAAAGCAUGUCAUAUAGCCCAUAUGGUUUGAGUGCUGUUACGAUAGAUCACCAUGGUAACCUGUUCAUGGUGAUGGAAGAUGGUAUCCAAAUUAUGCAUCCAAAGAAGAAGUGUGUUCAUCUGGCAUUUUCUGAACCACUUGUUUAUAAGUAUAAUAAGAGUGAGGUUAUUGGGUUUCAUAGCUUCAAUAAAAGUCAAACGAAACUGUUGUUAGUGACAAUGAUUAGCCCAAAAGAUCAGAAAUUCAGAAAUUUUGGAAAAGGAGAUGAACGUGUACCGAAUAAAGCUUUUCAUGUGAAAUUGAUCUCUGAGGGUGACAAUUAAUUGACAAAGACUGCUGUGUUACUUUUAGAAAUAGAUUUUGGAUUUUUUUAUUGAAAAUUAUUUAAAUGAUGGACUAAUUGAAAAGUAUAUAACUCGAUCAAGAUGAGUAUCAUCAGAGUACAUAAAUUUAUAACUUGAUCAUGUUGAUGGGAUUUAAACUUUAAAAAAGUAGAUUUUUUAUGUAUAGACUAACUUAAGCAACUGUUUUUUUUUAUUAUUACUUAAGGAUUCUGACCAUACAGUAUUUAUUAUAGUUUAGACAAGUCAUUAGUGACAUAUAACUAUAUAAAUUUAAAUUAAGCACUGGUUUGAGGUUUUUAGAUCAUCUUGCCCAAUCUGAGGUACUGCUAUUAUUUAGGGGUCAUUUUUUCAACCCAUGACCAUAUAUAUCCUAAUUUUUUUUCAAAUCUAAACCUUUCAUACAAGUCACACAUGUAUGUUGAUUCAACCUUUUUAGUUAAAAAUUGUCCCCAAAUACCACCCAUCAUGUUUAGCCUAAUUUCAAUCGAUAUGGAUAAAAUUUUAACUAACAUGACUGAUGAAAUAAGUUUGCAAUAGUUUCGAAAAAUAUUUCGACUGAAUAUCAUGGAAAAGUCCUUAAUAUUAUGUUCAUUUGGAAACUUUUCCGAGAUCGGUAAUCUUCCUUAUAUCAUUAAAGUUGAGAUCCACUAAUUGAAAGUGAAAUGUUGUUGUCUACCUAGGCUAUUGCAAUAUUUCAAUUCCCAGUACACAAGUUUCAAUAUACAGUACACCACCAGUAGUUCUGGUAUAGAGGGAUACACAGUGUCCAUGGUUGUCUAAAUGUAUGUUGUUCUUACUUUAUUUUUUAGAUUGUCAGGCAAAUUAUUGUCAGUUUUUUGAAGAUUUCUUUGUUGAUAUUAGUUAACCUGUCAGAGUUAUCCCAUCUGUAUUUUUUACUGCACUAAUAGUGAGGGGGGAUAGUACCUUUAUUGGGACUCCGGGAUCAUGCAUUUUGAAGCUCCAGAUUUCAUGAUUGACCCUUCCGGGAUCCAGGAAUUUGUUUUUCUAAUUUCAGGAUGUUGGGAUUUAAUUUUUUUAAGCCUAGGAUAUCUGGAUGAGGACCCUCCUACCCUUCUCAAAAGUGAUAGUAGCAUUGUUGUCAUCUAGCAAAGGGAGGCUAUUUUAUUAUCGUAAUGAUGUAUAACAUUUUGCU